UUUCAUCGUCUUCUUCCAUUCCCUUAUGCCCAACUGCUGAUUCGCGGCUCCUCUGAACCACAGAGCCUGCCUUCACCCCAACCGUCUCUCUCUUACGCAGCCGGUCCAAGCGCUCUUCACUUUCGUUUUCCGACCAAUAUGAACAACUAUCCAACUCGCCGGCCUGGCAACACCUCCAAUGCGUCCCCUGCCCAACCCAUCAAUCGCGACUCCAAUGCGCUCAGGGCGUCUGUGCUCGAUGCGGCCUUGCAGCUCGGCUUUGGCACCAACAGGAGCAUUGCGAACAUGAUAUUCGACGUCGUAGAUGAGGACGACGAAGAGAUCGCCUCACCUGGUCUGACUUCUGCCUCGACGGCUACCUCAGACGAAGCUACGUUGUCUCCUUUUCCCAUACAACCCGAUUUGCCCGGCCAGUCCCUCGAUCCCAAAUUCCUCGCACCAUCAUCAAACACCGUCUCUGAUGAACAGUUACGACUUCGUUCCGCUCCGAGUCCCACUCCAUCUACUGUUCGUUCGAAUAAUAAACUCAAGAAGUCACGGAAGGAUGGAUAUGAAAGCGCGAGCGAGGCUAAAGAGAGGAAGAAGUUGGAGAAGGAAGAGAAGAGGUUGGAGAAGGAAGAAAAAAAGAGGGCGAAGAAGGCGAAGAAGAAUGCGGGUGAUGAAACGGAGUACGAGACGGACGGUGGGUACAUGUCGGAGGCUGCGGCGGGGAGGAAGAAAAGCCCCAAGAAGAAAUCGAAGAAGGCGAGUGAUGAUGCACACGCUCCCGCGGGCGAUGACUACGACACGGACGGAGGCUACAUGUCCUCAUCAAGUCGCCCCAAGCCAUUCCGCUCAAAGUCGUCCAUCGGCAAAAAAUCAAUGGAGUCUGGCGACGCUUCUGAUGGCGGGUAUGUUUCCGACAAGAAGAAGCGCUCACUGUUCCGACUUGGUUCCUCGAAAGGGUCAAAGAAGGGAUCUACACCGGAGGCUGCUGAGGCGCCCCCGCCCGUGCCUAUGAUCCCGCUUCCCAUCGCUGAACGAUUUGCCUUGACUCUUGAUAUGCCUGAUUUCAGCUCCAGGAGCAACACUCCCGUCCCGCCCUCUGUCUCUUCGCGUUUCGGCAGCUUCGACACGUUCACUAGCGAGGAGAGCCGUGGUGGCACUUCAUUCUCUCCCACCAGUACUGACCUCCAUUCUCCGAUUCCUCCGGUGUCAGAAGAAUCCACUCUUCCAUGGGCGCAGGACGACAUCGCCGUCGGUGGCACUCGUCCCACGCCACCGGAGCGCCAGAACACGAACGAGUCCUCGCAAACUACCGCCUCCGAACCUGUACCUCUGUCUACCCACCCGACUCCAAGCCGUCGCGUGCGCUGGACGCCUUCAACCCAAUCUACCAAGAGACCCAACAUCUCUCUUCCGCUCACCUCUCUCACCUCUUCUCCAGAUUCAGGAAGCUCCUCACCGGAAGCACAAAAUGACUUGUACCGCCAACUGUCCAUUUCAGCUUCCGCCUCCGCCAGGCGAAUUCCCUCUCCAUUGCACCUCAACCCUCGCCCCAUGCCUUCCCCUGCAGGAUCAGAGUUCUCAAUCGUCACGCCCGGAGAUUACCUUCCCACCCCUUCCUCAGGCGAUCAGAGCCGCAAUCGCAGCCCAGCUCGGAGUCCGCGUGCUCAUCUCGCCACAUACGAUCUUCCUCCUCCUUCCCCUCCUCCUCAAGGACCCCUCCCCCUCCCCCCUCCCACAAACUCGCCCCCCUCGCCUUCACACCUUCGUAACCCAGCACCUACUCGCCCCAUCCCGGCCCCUCCUCCUUCAUACCCUCGCCCCAUCGGCAACGGCAUAAACCCUCCCUCCCGGGCACCCAGUCCCGGCGGCCUGAUCCAACGUGGUCGCCAAUCUCCCUUCCCUACCCGUCCCAUCCUCCCCGCCGAAGAAUCACGAGAUCUCGUGCGACGGACGAGUUUCCAGACGCCCAUCGGCGGCGCGCAUGGACGGAUGCCAAUGAGAUCCGCGAGCGCGAUGAGUAUACGACAGGAUAUGGCCGUUGGUGGUAAUGGUGGUGGUGAGCGGUCGAGAGCGGCGGCGCCACCGGGGGCUUGGGAUACGCGUGGUGGGAGGAGGUAUGGUGGGUCAGAGGAGUCUGCGCUGGAUUAUGAUUAUGAGGAGGAGAUUGAUGCGAUGGCUGCUACACCUGGGAUCAGCGUCGUCAAUGCUUCGGAGGAUGGCGAUGAUGAAGAAGAGUACGAGGCUCGUAUGCGGGACCAGGAACCCGACGAGGAUAUCCGUCCGGACGUGGCUCAGUUCUUUUUCGCUUCUGAAGAGGACAACACGACGACAUCCACCUCUGGCCGUACGCGCUCCAUCUUCGUCGAAUCGUUCAACGAAGAAGACGAUGCGUCCGUCUACCCUCCCACAUCCGUCGGCGAGCCUCAGGGUGGGUACCUAGUCUCACCUUACGAAGACGGAGACAGGACGUCCGUGUGGAGUACGGGCACUGGGACUACUGGUGGCGGCUUUUUGGACGAGGAGAAGAGCGAGAUGGUGAGGGAGAAUUUCGUGAAGAGGGUAGGGCAGAUGUAUGGGCCUGGAGGCAGGGAGAGGGAACGAGAGGUGAUCCCACCUGUCCCAGCGCUUCCGAGACGGUUCUGAGUUUGGAUUUUCCUUGGCUGGCUUCGUGUCUCUUCUCUUUCCUCUCCUCUCUCUCUCUUCUUGGACUUCUUGCAUCUUGCAUCGCCGGCCGCGACAUCGGACACCGUUCAGGUCGGACAUUCACACUUCAACUUCAUAACUUGUACCACUUUUUUAGGCCUACACUUGAAGUGCGCCACCCGCAUACUGAUACCUGUGACUCGGGCUUCGUCUCACUCGCUCGUUCUUGCCGCAUUGCUGAAUUUGUUCAUAUGUACAACGUUCUAUCGGCUGGACCUUGAACGACCACCUCCGCUCGUUUCGUCUGGUUACUUGGCUGCGUCUUUAUCCCUUUUUUUCUCUGUCGGUCGUCGCUCGCUUUCGUUCGCUCGUUUUCGUGUGCUCCGCAUUAUUGACUCCUUCGUGUUAACUCUGUAGAAUUAUAUACCCACCCUUCGCUUUUCUUUUUCAAGGUUCGCACCGUGGUCGGGUCUUCAUUAACAUUCUUGAAGCAAGAGGCUUCUUCCGCUCUUUUGAACUUGAAUGUACCACCGACUUGGACUUGCUUUUCUGUACCUCGUAGAUUUUCGGGCUAAUACUUGAAAGCCCUGACCACCGGUUAUAUCACACUUACAUUUUCUGGUCGAUGUUCGUAGC